AAUUGUCAAUAUUCGGGUUCGGCAACAACUAACUAAUGUGGAAAUUCGAGCUUCGCAAUUAACAAGCAAUCUUGAUGAUAAUACUUACUUAAAAAAUGGUCUUUUUGUGGUAUAUUCUGAAUAUAUGAAACAACGAUUCUAUGUGCAUAUCAAGCUUCAUAUUGGUGACGUCGUAAUUAUAAAAGAAGAAACUGAUGAAUCUUAUGCUAUCGUUAGAGCAAUUUUCACUCACAAGUAUAAUGAUAGAAAUGUGUACACUUUUGUUUGGAUUGAUUGGUUAAAAAAUACUAAGCAUACUGAUUCCCUUUUAAGAUGUCUAAUCUUUGAACGACAGCCAGAUUUAGAUACAAGAUGGCAUCGUAUUUAUCCAAUUUCGGUUCUCAAUGACAUUUCCAAA